AUGCCAGAUACGAAUGGCACCGGAGAUAACUAUCGGAAUGGAGAUAGCCCAUUGAGUCAGACGGAUUCAGAUUCUAGUCGAAAAGACAAAGGCUGUACGUUAAGAGAUGAUGUUGUUGGAGAUGAACAAACUUGUCAAGAGGAGUUGUUGAAUAAAGAGGAAGAAGAAAGUGAUGAUGAUGAUGAUGAUGAUGAUGAUGAUGAUGAUGACGAUGAUGGUGAUGACGAUGACGAUGUAGAGCCCCCGAUAUUGAAUUAUUCUAGAAUCAAACAACUUCCGCAGGGGUUUUUGAAAAGAGACACAAUCUCAGCAUGUACAUUUCAUGAACAAGUUUUCAUAUUUGCUACUCAUGGGGGUUUCUUGAUGCUACUUAAGCCUGAUUUCGAACUUAUAAGAACUUUCAAAUGUCAUAGGGCUUCUGUUACGUCUGUUUUCACUAAUGGAGAGUAUUUUGCUUCGUCUUCUAUCGAUGGCACAGUCGUCAUUGGUUCUAUCGCUAACAGGUCUGAUAUCAUCGCGUGCGACUUCAAACGUCCAGUACAUGCUGUAGUAUUGGAUUACAACUAUGGAUCUUCCAAAACGUUUGUUUCCGGUGGAAUGGCAGGUGAAAUUGUCUUAUCGCAGAGAAAUUGGCUUGGAAACAGAGUUGACAUUCCAAUUGAACGUAGAAAUGGUCCCAUUGUUGGAAUUUAUUCAAUUGAUGAUGUUAUAUUUUGGAUGAAUGAUGCGGGUAUUUCAUUCUAUAGUGUCAACUCCAGAGCGGUUCUUCUGAAAGUUCCUUACCCAAAGGAGCAGGAUGGAAUACGGCCAGACCUCUACUGGCCAUCAGUACAUUUCCCAGAAACGGAUCGAAUCUUGAUUGCUUGGGGCACCCAUAUUUGGUCCUUCAAGAUUUCUCUAACUAGAGGUUUGAAUCCAAACAAUAAUCUGGCUUCCAUACUCUCCAGUGCGGCUUCAAGCUUGAGGGCUGCUCCAGAUAAAAAAGUCGAAGAAGAGCAUUAUUUGAAGCUGAACUUUAUGAUUUCUGGAGCGGUUUCUUUCAGAGACGACCAAAUUCUUUGUCUAGAAGUUCCCGAUUCGCGAGAGACAAACUCAAGGUCUAGCCCACCUCAACUCAAGCUUGUUGAUAUGCUAACCGGUGAGGAACUUCAUGAUGAUGAGGUCCUUUCGAAGAAUUAUGAAAGUUUAGGCCCCAAUGAUUACCAUUUAGGUAAAUACAUUGGCAGAGAUCGGGCAAGUUACUUUAUGGUGAGUUCUAGCGAUGUGAUAUCAGCACAUGAGCUCUCGUUACAGGAGCGAUUUGAGUGGUAUAUGGACAACGAGAAAUAUUUACACGCAUGGAAAAUAGGAAGCUUUGCAGUUGACAAGCAUCAGAGACUAGACGCUGGACUACGUCAUAUUGGGAUCCUUUUCUCGCGGCAUGAUUGGGAUACCGCUUUAAUGGAUAUUAAAACUGUCUUUGCGGGAACCAAUCUGGAAAAUGAGGAUGAUGCGUUCAAAAACCAAGUGAUAAAUCGCUGGACGGAAUGCCUUCAAGUUCUUGUCGAAAAUGAAAAAUUAAAUGAAGUUGCGGCCGUGGUCCCUCAAGCUCCUCAAUUAAAAAAACAACUUUACGAUACGAUACUGGCCAAGUUCUUAGAAAAGAAGCAACUUGCUCUUUUUUCUCACUACCUUCAUUCAUGGCCGGUGGCUCUCAUAUCAUCCGGUUACAUCGAGCACUUAUUGGAACAAAGGUUGGCUAACCAUCAAGAAAGUUCGAACGUCAAACUGCGUAACGAGUUGGUUUUUUUACUUCUCGAGGACAGGAAAUUCAUGAAGGCAAUACCAAAUCUGUUAAUAUUGAAGGAUGAGCGAGUCCUUGAUAUUUUACUCUCACACAACAUUAUAUCAACUUUUGUCGAUCAACUAAAGGAAAUUGUUAUGCUUCCAUUUUAUGGAUCUGUUAAGGAUCUUGAGCGGCUUCCUAUCGAUGAUGUCGAGCGUAUUUUUGAGAAACCCAUGAAACUUCUGAUAGAGUCUCGCCACAUGAUCCCCGUACAACAGGUGAUCGAUGUUUUCUCGAAACCGCCACAGCUAAAAGUCCUCGUUUUUUUGUUUCUCAAGAAGCUCUCGAACAAGGAGCCCUUGAUGAUCGCACCCAUUGAGGACACCUUAUUGGAGCUUUACUUCGAGUAUGACCGCGAGGACUUCCUUCAUUUCCUUAAAACGAAAUAUAACUACAAAAUUGACAAGGCAAUAGAGCUCUGUGCCUCUGAUGACAAAUGCUACAAUGAAUUGAUCUAUUUGUGGGGCAGAAAGGGGGAAAAUGAGAAGGCGCUGACUCUUAUAAUUGACAAAUUGCAAAACCCUCAUCUGGCAAUCGACUACGUCAAAAACUCCACUGAUAAAAGUCUGUGGAGUUUUUUGAUUUCCUACAGCAUGGACAAACCGAAAUUUAUCAAAGCGCUCUUAGCGACAUAUGAUGACCUGCAGGGGUCUUACGUUGAGAUCAUAAGUACAGUGCCUGAUGAUAUGGAGAUUGAUGAUUUGAAGCCGCUUGUUGAAAAUGUUUGUGAGGAAAGCUGGCUGAGCCUAAAAGUUGGCUCUGGAGUUUCAAAGAUCAUUGAUGAUGAGACCAAUGAAAUUGCAGUUCAAUUCUUGAAACUUAGAGAUCUUGGCAAGGCCUUUGAUAUGCCAGGAUAA